CUCGUACGUGAAAGUGAAACUAAAAUGAGCUGAAGGGGAAAACCAGCGAUAUAAGUCCACUUUACUCGGGAUAUAUUGAUGAGGAGUAGCACCUGAGAGCAGAGAGAGGACAUUCAAUCAUGACUAACUUCUCGACAAUCUACAGACUGUCCGUGGUUGCAGUUAUCUGCCUUAUUCAAGCCUGCAGCAGCAGCUGUCCAGUGCUGGAGUGCUGGUUUGUGCAGGAGAAGGCGGGUCGAGGAGGAGGUUUAACUGCAGCCACAAGCCAGGAAAAAUCCCUGCUUUUUGUCAGAACAGAUGCUGACAGUGCAGAGACCCAGAAGGCUCCGUCCGACAUCAACCCCGACAGAGUCUACUUUCUAACCGACACCGCUGGCACUCUCUGCCACCCGUCACUGAACCCUCCCGAGGGCUCAGUCACAAAGCCCCUGUGUGAGAUCAACCCCUUCCUGCCGCACCUCUCCACCCUCAAAUGGGUUGCCCCACUCACAGACUCUGCCUUAAGCCCCAUAUACCUGCAAGCCGAUUGGUUUUCAACUGCCCUUCAGGGCCUCAACGAGCAGCUGACCGUUUCCAGUAUCACGCGUGCUCCCACGGCUACCAAAGAGCACCACGUCAUCCUCAGUGUGACCAGUAAAACAGUCUCGGUGCAGGCCAGACUCGGAGAACCAGUGAUGCUGGACUGCGGCUUCUGGGCCGACCCCUCCUCGCCCCUGUCCGGCUCGGGUUUUGCUGUAGAGUGGCGCUACCAGUUCAGAGGUGACGGACGACUGGUUCUGGCCUACGACGGGAAAUCUGACCGCUUGGCUGAUACACAAGAGGAAGGAGCCACGCUGGACUUUGAGGGUUUGCACGAGAAGGGAAAUGCAUCCCUGAUCCUGCAGAAAGCUAAAGUGCGCCACUCUGGGAUGUACAUUUGUACAGUAUAUCUGCCUUACAUUGUGGCUCAGGUGACGAUGGAGCUUGAGAUUGUAGAACCUCCAUCCCUCUCCCUCCAUCCGUCCCCUCUGCCCCUAGUAGUUCCCGGCCAGACUUUGACCAUCCAGUGUGAGGCAUCUGGCUUUGCCCCCCUCUCCCUGGAGCUGGGCUGGGAGUUUAAAGGCGCUGAUGGGAAGUCCAGGCCUCUGGGCUCAGGCAGCAUAAGCGGUCACAGACAGGCCUGGGAUGGAACAUAUAGCCAGACCACCCGGCUGGAGCUUGACACCACCACCCUGGACCUGGGCAGAGGAGGGGAGCUCACCUGUGUGGCUGUCCAUCCCGGAGGCACACGACAGGCCAGCGUGACCCUCAAUAUCAUUGGGUUCAGCGCUCCCUCCAUUGAGGACUCAAUGGCAAUGGUUGGUGUGGCGUUAGUGCUCUAUGGGCUUAUCAAGUUCGUCUCUUGGACCUUCUCCAGCUCAGGCUCAGAUGAGGCUGAUAAACAGAACAAGAAAGACAAGUAAAGAAGAGCGAAUUCAGCUGCAGUGGAAGUGUGACACUGAACCAACAGACUGUUUUAAUGUCUUGGAAGGGGUUUCAGGGGUGAUGAUGCACCUAUUCACUCAGACAUCUGUGCCAAUUAUUUAAAUGAUAAAUUGGUUUAAACAUUUGCCUUUAGUGCCCUUUUUUCACAGAUCCAGCUUGAUUGAGAUCAUUCAAUUCUGUGUGAGUUGUUAUUUUCACUAUUUUGCACAAAUAGUUAUAAUACUUAGAGACAUGCUGUUGAGCUAGGGUGUCAGGCAGCAAUCAUUUUCUGAAAAAGGCCUUUCUGUUAUCUUCCACUGUAAAGCAAUGUGGCUGUUAUAUCAUAUUGGCCUCCCACUGUUUAAUUACUGUAUUUUGUUACAAACAGUGAAAAAGGGUCAGAAACUUGUAAAAGAAGAAUGUGUUGAAAUAUCAGCUUUAAUUUGGAAAUGUGAAUGUGUUUAUAUAUGUGAUGUGUCUUUGUUUAUAAGACAAAAAAAAACUGUUGUCAUUGAGGAGCCAGACACGAGCCCUUGUUUGUGUGUGUGAGUGUGUGUGUGUGUGUGCGUAUGUGAGUGCUUUUGUGUUUUAGAAAAAAAACCUAAAACCUCUCCAAGACAGUAAAAUUAAUAUUAGCCUGAACAGUCCAAACCUACAAACUGAAUCUGAUUUUUGUAAAUACAGAGAAUAUUAUGAAUGUAUAUUGUGACUCUUUCGUUAUGUGUGUUAUGAUGCAACAACAGCCUGGGCUAAUGCAAAAUUAAACUUACACAUUAAAAUGGAGGAAAUGGUACAAGCAGAGCGCAUAAAUCUACUGAUGGGAACAUUCAAUAUUUGUAGCUGAAUUUUAAAAUCACAAGCAAAGUCUGAAUUUUAAGUUAAAUAAAAAUAUUUCUUCAAACAUG